GUUGAGGAGAGUGGAAGCCUCGGCACGAGAUGGUUUGACUGUGGUCCAUGAAUAACAAAAAUAUGAGCAUCUAAUCAACGCUUGAUAUCAUGGCUCCAGUCUCACCCUGACCUCUUGGUUUACCCAGGAUCCAAAAUGAGCAUCAGCAGUGAUGAGGUCAAUUUCCUGGUGUACAGAUACCUGCAGGAGUCAGGCUUCUCCCACUCAGCAUUCACCUUUGGCAUAGAGAGCCACAUCAGCCAGUCCAACAUCAACGGAGCUCUGGUGCCCCCUGCUGCCCUCAUCUCUAUCAUCCAGAAAGGCCUGCAGUAUGUGGAGGCUGAAGUCAGCAUCAAUGAGGAUGGUACGCUGUUUGAUGGGCGGCCGAUCGAGUCUCUGUCGCUGAUUGAUGCAGUGAUGCCAGAUGUGGUGCAAACAAGGCAGCAGGUGUAUAAGGAUAAGCUGGCUCAGCAGCAAGCAGCCUCUGCCUCCAGCGCCACAACAGCUGCUGCUGCCAAGAACGGAGAGAACACUGCUAAUGGGGAGGAGAACGGCGCUCACACACUGUCUAACCACCACUCAGACAUGAUGGAGGUAGACCGAGCAGUGGAGAUCCCAGCUAGUAAAGCCAUGGUGCUGCGCGGCCACGAGUCAGAGGUCUUCAUCUGUGCAUGGAACCCUGUCAGUGAUCUGCUGGCAUCUGGCUCUGGAGACUCGACUGCACGGAUCUGGAACCUGAGUGAGAGCAGCGCUGGAGGAUCCACUCAGCUGGUGCUUCGCCACUGCAUUCGGGAGGGUGGGCAGGAUGUACCAAGUAACAAAGACGUCACCUCAUUGGACUGGAAUAGUGAAGGUACACUUCUAGCCACAGGAUCCUAUGAUGGAUUUGCCAGGAUAUGGACUAAAGAUGGUAAUCUUGCCAGUACACUGGGCCAGCACAAAGGUCCCAUAUUUGCUUUAAAGUGGAACAAGAAAGGAAAUUUUAUUCUCAGCGCUGGUGUUGAUAAGACCACCAUUAUUUGGGACGCACACACAGGAGAGGCCAAGCAGCAGUUUCCGUUCCAUUCAGCUCCAGCUCUGGACGUGGACUGGCAGAGCAACAACACGUUUGCGUCCUGCAGCACAGACAUGUGUAUUCACGUGUGUAAACUGGGCCAGGAAAGACCAAUCAAAACAUUCCAGGGCCACACAAAUGAAGUCAAUGCAAUCAAAUGGGAUCCAACAGGGAAUCUCUUGGCCUCCUGCUCUGAUGACAUGACGCUAAAGCUUUGGAGUAUGAAGCAAGACAUGUGCGUUCAUGACCUGCAAGCCCAUAGUAAGGAGAUCUACACCAUCAAAUGGAGCCCUACUGGACCUGGAACCAACAACCCCAACGCCAACCUCAUGCUGGCCAGUGCGUCAUUCGACUCAACGGUGCGUCUGUGGGAUGCUGAACGUGGAGCCUGCAUCCACACACUGACCAAACACCAGGAGCCCGUCUACAGUGUGGCCUUCAGCCCAGACGGUCGGCACCUGGCCAGCGGCUCCUUUGACAAGUGUGUCCAUAUCUGGAACACGCAGAGCGGUGCUUUAGUCAACAGCUACAGAGGGACUGGCGGUAUUUUUGAAGUAUGCUGGAACUCCACUGGAGACAAAGUGGGCGCAAGUGCAUCAGACGGAUCGGUUUGUGUAUUAGACCUAAGGAAAUGACGCCGCCGCUGGGAAGCCAUGGACCGACUAUGAAUGUGUGCAUAGCCAAAUGUAACGACUGUCCCUGGCCCAUCAUCCACUGCUGUAAUCCACACAUGAGGUAUCAGACCUCAACCCUGACCAACAGACACACAGCGUUUACCACACACACAUAACCAGCGUGAUCACAGACUGUUAUAUACAGACACGCUCGACACAAGAUGAACACACAAAUACACACCUCAUAAAGCAUCAUUCCAAGCCCAGAGGGCCGAGCUCCACAUCGCUGAAGUGCACAUAUUGUACACGUCAGCAAUCCAGCGACGGUUGAGGUGAAACUGCAUGAGCUGUUGAAUAUGGCCGCCUCGUGGCCGUUUGAGAUUGACAAUUCAGAGUAUUGGCACUGUAUGUUUAGUGGCUCCGUGACUUUGGAACUGUUCUCCAAAAAAAAAAAUUGCUCAAGGAUUUUUUUUUUUUUUUUGCCAAACUUUGAGAAAUAAUUAGAUUCUUCUUCUUCUUUUUUUUUUUUUUUUUAACAGAGUUAUAAGAGUACACAAAGGCUAUUAAAUUACUCAGCUAUAUUUUCUAAAACGAAUGCCCUGUGUUAUUUUGUACAACCUAUGCAACUUUGUGGUAAGACUAAAACCGAACUUGCGAUUCAUAAAUGGGUGAAACUCAUCGGUGAAGCCUGUAUGUAGUUUCCAAUAGGCCCACCCUAAAAACACAAUCUACACAUUCACCCUCGCUGUUACACAAACUAUAGAAAACCGUUUAAUCCUUCACACUUUUUAUAUUGAUUAUUCACUCGCCUUCAUCCUAAGAUGACAUUUUACACAACGGCUCGUUUUUUUUCUACUCUUCUUCCUAGUGCUAUGGUUUCUUGCUUUUCUAUAAAUGUUGAAUGAUCUUUCAGUUUGGUCCUCACACUUGUAGUGCUGCAGUGAGUUUGUAUGCGUGCGACUGUACAGCGUUAGUCUUUAUGACAGAUUUAUGGGGAUGUGCGAUUGUUUAAGUCAGGCAGCGGGGAAGUGGACAUGCUUGUUUCAAUCUUUAACCUCGAAAGUCCAAAGGAAGUUUGAGUCGGUGCUGUUUUUGCCUGUUUUGCUCACUAUUUUUCUUUGUAAAUUGUUGAACUUUGGCGGGAAAAAAAACGUUCAGGAAAUCGAUUCUGAGACUUUCAAAAUACAUUGCUGUUCUCUUUUGAAUUGAUUCCUAAGUUUAGUUUAUAACAGCAGAAAUGUGCUGUAUGUUUACAAAAACAUUCAAUUCCUUACGAAUGCCAUUCGAACGAAAAAAUAAUCAUUAAUAAAGUUAGGAAAGCUUUACAUGAAUUACAAGGGAGUUCAAAGUGAGCUGUUUACACAUUCUUCUAAUGACACAAGAGCCAACUUGCACAUGUCUGUUGA